CCCGAGCCUUCUCUGGCCCUCUCUUCCAUCUUUCAUUUUUCCAAUGAUGCUGAUGAUGACGAUGGGGAUGAUGAUGACGAUCUUCGCCCGUCUACGCUUCCUACACUAACUGCUCGCCUACACCACCAUCUCGCUCAGGGCCGUGAACACUGCUGGCUGGAAAUAACCCCUCCGUGUGCUUGCUCUACUACCGUCGGAACUGCUGUGCACGUCUGCCUUCUUUUCCUCGUCCCCGUCAACGUCUCUCUUCAUCCAUCCCGUGGCCUGCCUGAAUCAUCGUCAUCGUCUUCACCAACCACCAAGCCUGAUGGCGUGCAAGCUAGAAGCUGCACCAUUUCCGCACCUGUUCGGUGGGCUGCAGUGCCAGCGCCAGUGCAGCCCGCAGUGGCCCUUUUUUUUUUCUCCAACGGCCGGCGCUGCCUGGUCCGCUGACGCCGGGCUUGCCACUUCUGCUGUGGCUUGGAUCCUAUCCUCUUAGACUUCAACCCCACAGAACUGACCCCUUGAGCCUGAGGGUUACAUCGUCGCUAUCUGCAUGCAGCACGGGAGAGUCCAUUCACCACCAAUCACGCCGUUGAUCUUCGCCCGCCUAGCCACCACCGUCCAGAGCCCUGCACCGCCUGGGAUUCCAUUCCUUUCCUUUCUUACCCUUCCACCAUCCUCGGCCUUCAAUUGUGCGGCCGUCCGCGGUAGCCAGGCCCCCCCGGUCGCCACGGACCCUACCUCUUCGGCACCUUUUGAAAUUGUAGCCAAAGGUCCGCCGCAGCAUGACCGCUGCUCCCCCAUCCCUGCUGUCCAUCCUGGAGCCAGACAGAACCCCUGGUGGGCGGGCUUGUGGCCCUGUCCUGUCCUGCUCUGCCCUGCCCGGUAGCACCUCUCCAUGUCUCUCCGUCCCUGGUGCUUAUCAAAAAACUGAACCAAGCUUUACCUCCUCCACCUUAAUACCCACCGGGACGCACCUCUCUCGUGGUCCAGCUCCAUUAAGGAAACCCUCGUCGUUUAUUGCCUAUACUUUUUUUUACAUUGCCUCUCCUGCAAACCACUCUUAUCCCAACCCGUUUAUAUACAUCCCUUCACGCAAACUCCAAGACGUGACCAUGUCUUCUGCCGCCACCCAACCAACCGAUAUCCCAACUCAAAAUACCACUGCAAAUGCCGUCGCCCAGAAGAAGAGGAGGAGAAGGGCUCCCGCCACCGGUGCCACUGAGGACUGCUUUUCUUGCAGGAAGCUCGGUGUCAAGUGUGACCGCCGCCGGCCGUACUGUGGCCAGUGUAUCGACCAAGGAAAGCAAUGCACCGGAUACCGAACCCAACUGACCUGGAACGUCGGUGUUGCCUCACGUGGAAAGCUUCGAGGCAUGUCACUUCCCGUGGCUAAAUCGCCCACUCAGGCUGCUCGCGACUCCAAACCUCGAAAGUCAUCCGUUGCUGCUUCGACCACUUCCACUUCCUCACAGCAGCAGCAGCAGCAGCAGCAGCAACAACAGACUCAGCAGCAGCAAACUCAGCAACAACAACAACAGCAACAGCAGCAGCAGCAGCAACGCCAGCACCAGCUACCAGCUCGCAUCGAGACCCGUGGAAGCAUCGACUUCGGCAUUCACUCUCCCACCAGCCCCACCAGUCCAAACCCAUUCUCUGCCCCCGAGUACCAGUACUUUGGCCACCCAACGAGUCCCAUUCCUAUCCCAUCCCCCACCACAUAUUCUGUCCCUGGUUACGGGGAACAGGUGGAUCCAUUUCACCCGCAUUCUUCCAAAUUGCAACGCCCACAUAUCCACCGUGGCUCCCUGCAGAGGAUCCACACUUCCCUCGCCGUGCCUUAUGAGGACAACGGUCUCUCUGCCUCAUCGGCUUCUCUUGGUACCUACAGCGACAGCGACUUUCCUUCCCCAGGCGAGUACCCACCGACUCCCGUCGACGAAUUCCCCUUCAACGAGGCUUCGGCCACUCGCUUCGCCAACUUCAGCUUCAACGACCAGCACUCCAUUGGCUCCCUGGAGAACCUCCAUUACCAGGAAAUGUCCCGUGCUAUUCCCAUGGCCGACGAUGUGAGCUCCAGCAUCAGCUCCGACCAGAGUGUGGAUUUCAACGAGGUCAGCUCGGCUUCGCAAUCCAUGGGACCGCCGGCUUGGCCUGAUAUCUUUGUGGAGGGGGAACUUGGUACAAGUUUGGGGGCGAUGUCUCACCCUGGCUUCUCUUAUCUUCCGGAGGGUACUCUCACCGCCGCUACCAACCUACCUAUGAGAGUUCGCUUCCUGCUGGAUUUUUUCGACAGUGGAAUAUGCCCGGUGCUGGUGGCUGGUGAAGACCACAUGAAUCCGUAUCGCGUUCAUUUGUUGCCCCUGGCUCUGCAGAGCGACAUGCUCCAGAGUGCCAUUGCCGCCUUGGCGGUCAACAAUCUGCGCAUGCGCGGUGGAAUCGAAGGAAGACGGCUCAGCUUGGCCGAGGAUUUGGGGCUGCUGCCGGAUCAUUCCUUCUCCAAGAUGACGUCGCAGGAGCUGCGCGAGAUGCACGGCGAGCCCUCUGCCGAGGAGAAGCACUACAAAGCCAAAUCCAUUGCACUGUUGAACGAGAAGCUGGCGGACCAGCAAGCAGCAGCGGAGGAUGAUACCAUCCUUGCAACGCUUCUGGUUCUGUGCUUGUUCCACGUGUGCGAUUCUGGCUUCAGUCGCUUUAAGACACAGCUCGCCGGGGUGCAGAAGCUGCUGAGCAUGAGGAAUAUGAGUGUGCAGUCGAGUUUUGUACGAUGGAUUUCUUUUUUCUUCACGUGGUUUGAUGUCAUGACGUCUACGGUAAACGAUCGGGAAACGGAGGUACAGGGCGAUGCCCUGGAUAUGAUGAAUUGGACAGCUAAUUUGGGCGCAUCGGAGCAUUAUUCUGGCUGUGAGGGCCGUUUGUUUAAAUUAAUCGCUAGGCUGGGGAGACUCAACCUCCUCAGCCAGAAUCGUCCCGUUAAAGAGGAUACAUCCACACCUUGCCCGUCACCGCGACCGCAAAAACAGACAGAUUUCUAUUCCUUCAACUUCAACAAUGUGGACGGCAACGGGUGGACGCAAAGCGCCGAUCUCGUGCUGGGGGGCAAGAAUCCUUUCAACCGGGUAAACCCUUACAACAGUGAUCGGCGCUCGGUCUUUUGGGAUGAAUGGAACGAGAUACAGAACCGCCUGCAGGACUGGAAGUCGGAUCUUUCCAACGGUUCAUCGAGUGAACUGUCGCUGCCUCCUGCCGAGGUCGCAAGCCUGCACAUGAGCGAGAGCUUCCGCUACGCUGCCCUGCUCUACACGGAGCGAUUGGUCAGUCCGUCGUCGCCUUCCAGUUUUGUCAACUUUCAGAGCACUGUCUCGCGCGGCCUGUUCCACAUUUCCAAGAUAGGAAUCACUAGUCCCUACAACAAGUUCAUCCUGUGGCCGCUGUUCAUCCUGGGAUCUGAAGCAACGCAGUCGGAGCACCGCGCACUGGUUCGACAACGCUGCAUUGAGAUCCAGCGGGAGUCGGGCUUCUACAAUAACCUGAGUGGGCUCGAAGUCCUCGAAAAGGUCUGGCAAGACUACGACAACAGCCUCCUUACCGGAGAUGACGAGCCAUCACAGCCACAUCAGGUCUUUAGGUGGAGAAAGGCCAUGGACCGUGUCGACGGAGAGUACAUCAUCAUAUGAAAUUACCGAGCGCAACGAUUCCCUUUUUUCCACUUCUGCUGCUUCCUUCGGGAACUUGUUCAUACCCUUGUCUACAUACUUCUGUUUCUGGUUAUGCUUGCUCCUCCUCCGGACAUUUUCAUUUGCCAUCUAUUCGCUUUUCCCCCAUCUUAGCACUCGGAGCGUAUCACGGACAUUUCUGUUUAUUUUUAUUUUUACGCAGGUCACGAAGUAUGAUUGGGCGGGACUGUGCUUUCGGGGUUGGUUUAAUGGCCUUCUCUUGAAACCGUAGCCCGUGCAGGCAGAUAGCCGAGAAAAAGAGAAAAAGGGAAAACAUCUAACUGAAUGGUACACGGAACGACCAUUUUCUGUAACAAAAUAUCAAACGUAUAUACAUGUUUCAUAUCAUGAAAAGAUGAAACUUUAUCUCACUCGCUGCUGCUCUCGUAUUACGUUAUGUGUAUAUGAGAAUGAUUUGUGUGUAGACAGACAUCAUGGUUUGCGAUGAUCAGGUAGGGCCCCAAUCUACACUUCUCUCAGAUCCGACAAGCAAGAAACAGUGGGGCACAAAACCCACCGCGUCCAUCCAUCCUAGACCAUGAUACAUUAGAGCAACGUGUGUAUGCUAUGCACCCAUCCAUCCCCAACCACACUCAACACCUUGCGUCUCGUCUACUAGGCCAAAACACCGUCAUCUCUCUCUCUCUCCAAGCAAACCCUAGCGAUGAGAAUACGUUAUCUAUGAC